CAACGUGUAUUUUGGCGCGGGUCGAUCCAAACCCACUCCAGAAUAGCUGGCCCGAACACCUCGACACGUCCCCCCCCCUUUCUUUCCCAGACUGGCACUUCCCUUCUCUCCAACAACUCCUUUCCUUUUCCUUCUCUUCAAAGGCCUCCAAGGUUUCUUCUAUUCACUCGCUUGCUGUUUUUUGAUACUAUUCUGUGAAAAAAAGGAUACCCCCCCUUUUUUUCUUCGUCCAGGGGUUCUUUUAGUGUUGCCUUUUCCCCUAAUUCCUCGUCUAAUCGUUCACCAUGUCUUCGCCACCGCCUGCAAAUGGUUCCCCCGUCGCGUCCCACGACUCCCCCACGCCCAGUAGCGGCAAGGAGUCGCCGUUCGUCGAGCGCAGCAACCCCAUGGGUCAGGGUAUCGCCCAGACUGUCAGCUCCCGUGACCCCAAGGCCGUCGCCCAGGCCGCAAGCGAUAUGAAGAACGUUGUCCGCCGCAAGCUUACUGGCUAUGUUGGAUUCGCCAACCUGCCUAACCAGUGGCACCGCAAGAGUGUUCGCAAGGGUUUCAACUUCAAUGUUAUGGUGGUCGGUGAAUCCGGUCUCGGAAAGUCCACCCUUGUCAACACCUUGUUCAACACUUCCCUGUACCCCCCUAAGGAGCGCACCGGCCCCAAUGCCGACAUCAUCCCCAAGACCGUGUCCAUCCAGUCGACCAGCGCCGAUAUCGAGGAGAACGGCGUGCGUCUCCGCCUAACUGUGGUGGAUACCCCCGGAUUCGGUGACUUUGUCAACAACGACGACUCGUGGCGCCCCAUUGUCGAGAACAUCGAGCAGCGUUACGACACAUACCUCGAGGCCGAGAACAAGGUCAACCGCAGCAACAUUGUCGACAACCGUAUUCACGCCUGCGUUUACUUCAUCCAGCCCACUGGUCACUCCCUGAAGCCUCUCGACAUUGAGGUGAUGCGCCGCCUGCACACCAAGGUCAACCUGAUCCCGGUCAUCGCCAAGGCCGAUACCCUGACCGACGAGGAGGUUGCCCUGUUCAAGGAGCGCAUUCUGGCCGAUAUCACCCACCACUCCAUCCAGAUCUUCGAGGGCCCCCGCUACGAGCUUGAUGACGAGGAGACCAUUGCCGAGAACAACGAGAUCAUGUCCAAGGUGCCGUUCGCCGUUGUUGGUGCCAACUCGGAGGUGACUGCCGCCGAUGGCCGUCGCGUGCGUGGCCGUAGCUACCCCUGGGGUACCAUUGAGGUCGAUAACGAGGAGCACUGUGAUUUUGUCAAGCUGCGCCAGAUGCUGAUCCGUACCCACAUGGAGGAGCUCAAGGAGCACACCAACAACUUCCUAUACGAGAACUACCGCUCGGACAAGCUCACCCAGAUGGGUGUCGCCCAGGACCCGAGCGUGUUCAAGGAGGUCAACCCGGCCGUCAAGCAGGAGGAGGAGCGCAACCUGCACGAGCAGAAGCUGUCCAAGAUGGAAGCCGAAAUGAAGAUGGUCUUCCAGCAAAAGGUAUCGGAGAAGGAAAGCAAGCUGAAACAGAGCGAAGACGAACUCUAUGCCCGACACCGCGAGAUGAAGGACCAGCUCGACCGGCAGCGCCAGGAGCUAGACGAAAAGAAAUCCCGCCUGGAGAGCGGCCGACCCAUCGAAGAAAAGGGAGGCAAGCGCAAGGGCUUCUCCCUUCGUUAAGACUCUCAUGCCUGCCAUUGACGCCCGCUGAUUCCCCAUCAAACCCUCAACUCUCUCUAUUUUUUUCCUAUCUGUCUCACAUCACACUCCCUCUUAUCUCCUUGACGCGCUGCUCUAUUUUAUCUUCCACUGGAUGGGCCUACGCAUCGCAAAAAGAAUGGUUUUGAAUAAUACGAUCCGCGGGGGUUGCUUAAGACCUUUUCUUUUUAUUAACUUCUUGUGAUGUACUUUUUGCUACGCCAUCUCUUGUUCUUGCCCGCUUUCUGUGUGCCCUAUUACCCGCUCAUUUUCUCGUUAAUUUCUUUUGGGCAUUUGGUUCUUUUUUGGCCGUCUGUCCGUGUGUUAGUCAAUUGCAGCGCUUCGGCAUUUCCUUAGUCCACAUGAGAUCUAUGUAGAG